AUGAACAUAAAUUACAAAUAAUGCAAGCUGAAGUGUUGCAAACACAACAACAACUGUUCUUGACGCCACUGCCAAUCACAGUGCAACAAAAAAUACCAGUGCAACUUUGGAGAAUCAAUCAAAAAGUAUUUAAAAGCGAUGCAAACAAGCAACAGCAACAACAACAACAACAACAUAAACAACAACAAGAACAAACACAACACUUUGCAACUAUACGCCGUGUGCCAUCACCGCACUACUACAGCGGCCGAUGCCAGUGAAAAUAUCUAUUGUUAUAAAGUAGUAAGUAAUAUACAUAUGUAUGUAAGUGCGAAUAUGUAAAAGAAAAAUUACAAAAAACAAAAAUAUUUGUUAGGUUGAACUCUUUAGUGUAUAAAUACUAUAUAUAUGUAGUUAUGACUGUAUUUAUAUGUACAAUGUGACAAAAAUACUAUACGCAAGUUGCAAAUGUAACAAAAGGAUACUCGAAUAAGUAGUAGAUUAGCUAAAGUACUAAUUAUUACAUUGAAGAAAAGGAUUACUGGGUAUAUAAGAUGUAGAAAAAA